CAGCUGAUGGUGCUUCCACCGACUUACGAUCUCAACCAGCAGGUCCAGACGGUGAUUCGUCACUUAAGCACGCAUUCGAAACCAAAAAUCCGCUACACGUGCAUUUUUGGCGGUGUGAUGAAGGAACCACAGAUGGCACUUACCUGGUGCUCGACGAGGCAGAUAGGAUGCUGGACAUGGGCUUUUAGCCUCAGAAUCGAUAAAAUAAUCGAGCAGAUCCGGCUAGAUUGGCAGGUGUGGACUGCGACGUGGUCGAAGGAGUUGGUGGAGGAUUUAAGUCAAGUCAAGUACGUGAGCAACUUUGACUACCUACUGAAACGUGUCAGAGGUUAUCAUCCAUCGGCAUUGGCAGGACAGAACGUUACUCGUCGUUCGACAACGGUCGUCAGGCGUGCGAGGCCUACGCCGAAGCUGACCGCCUGGAGUCAUGGAAUGAUCCCGAUUCGGCAGUGGAGUUUAGCUUGUAAAUGUUGUGUUUAGUAUAAUAAAAAGUUAUUUUUGGGGGUUUCCGGUGUCGGGUUAGAGGGUACGGUUGUUGCAUCCGUAAGGAGAAACAAGGCGAAGACCUUGGCUAGGUCAGAAUAACCGAUCUGCGACCAACACGCAAGUGCGAGUAUAGCUGGACUGGUGCGGUCUUCACGAGUCACGUGAUCUAUGGAUUGUCCCUUAGAGUGUUGAACAUCUCAGCAUCUUAGUAGACGUUCUCAUCCAAAUCGUCCCACAAGUUAGAGCCCGUCAUCAUACGGCCAAUGUCGCAAUCGUUGCCCAUAUGAAACUUUAUUUGCACAGGACUUUGUAGAAGGGUUGGGCCACGUUUGUCACGAUCGGUUCUACUAUCGCUUUCUUCCACUCUCACUUUUCUGUUGGCGACCCGAGUCAGUAUUUUCCACAACCAGGCAGGUAAGCGGGUCUUAAGAGAAAAACAAAAUCUCCGGCAGUUCCCUUCUUCUUGGCAGCAGCAUCUCUAGUGGCACCGAGGUUGGCUUCUUGGCGGCCGCCUUCUUGUCGCCGGCCACAGUCUUCUUGGUCUAAGCGGCGGCAUCAGCAGCCUUUUCUGGUCGCAGCCACCGUCGGAACCUUUGUGACAGCAACAGUGUCGCUUCCGGCAGCAGCAUCAGCCGCUUCCAUCUUAGCGGCGGCACCCUUAGCCGGCUUCGAAUCAACAGCAGCUGGACGCUUCUCAGCUGGCUACUCAGUCCUCGGUUCUGGCAAGUACUCCAGCCAUCCAAUCCCUCCGAGUCUUGUCCAAUUCCUCAUCGGAAUAAAUCAUGGGUGUAUCCAUCAGCAACUGACUUCGACGUGCUUUGGCUACGACUUCCGUGCUUCGACCUCGACGCAAAACCGUUAAACGAAACAGGCACCAGUGGCGCCUUAGGCUGAGGCAGGUCAACAGUUUCAGCACCAACGAAGUGGCGUUCGUUUCCACCUGCAGACCACCGUGAGGAAUCCAACGCCACAAACGGCAGCUUCUCGUCGCUCAUGGCCACGACGUGGGCCAGCACUGGGUUGAAAUAGGCCAGAUAAAGGAACUUCUGCUGCUUGGAGGGUUCUUCACUGAGCGCGCUCAGUUUACGCUUCGAUCCGGCCAGCUCUUCCACGUAUGUUCCGGGACCGUGCGUGGCCACAAACGUGUCAAACUCGAUCAGCGAUAGCACCUUUAGGUUUUUCAUUUUGGGCAUGCCGUCGUUUUCGGUAACGCUUGACGAGGUCGGAGAAUGUGCGGCGGACGAGGACAGUCCUGGAACGCUGGGUGGUAUUCCUGGAGGAGCAGAGCCUGAGCCAGAUUGUGAUUGGCGGUCCUCGACCAUUAUCGGACAGUCGAGGUGUUUGGGCACGUGGACACGGUCAGUUUCGUACCCGGAAUGUACUCGUCAACGUGGAUGUGAUCGUCGAGGUGGUCUCGCAUCAAUCGUAGCGUUUGAGUGUUAAGCACAUCUAUUUGAAGCGAUUGCGGGGAAUAUUUCAAGCAUUUGUACACCUCUGCCAACGCGUCCGGACUGUCCACGAUGCGGCCCUGAAUCAACUGAUGGAUGUAAUUGACCUGCAGCUGCAACUGGCAGAAGGCGAGGAGUGUUGAGCUGAAAGAAAAAGUUACGAUUAUCACAUCAACCGCUCACAAAAACCAAUAAUCACUCUGCGCCUCGUGGUCCGGACUUUGGCCAGGUCGUGGUGAUGGUCGCGGCAUUCCCGGCGAUCCGGGCCAAUUGGAAGCGGCUGGCAAGGGUGCCGCCAUAAACGGGCUUUCAUCGGUGUGCGAUUGUCCGCCCACGGCAUGUUUGUGGGUCCAGGUGAGUGGGCCAUCGGACUUGGUUGAGGAUUAAACGGGGAUGACGGCAUCAGGCCACCACUGAGGGAUGUGGCAUGUGCGGAGCGGGGGUUGAGGUCAUGUUGAAGUUUGGGUGGAUCUGGGAGCCACAUCUGCCCACACCUUGCGGGUGAGGAGAGGCUGGAGUGUGCAGAUUUUACCCGGAAGGUGAUGUAAGUGGGGCGACGAAUUGAAGACCCGGAUCGCGAGGGCUUUGCAGACAUCGCAUGCUUCCGCCGCCGAGGAUAGUCAAUCCGACCGAGGCCGGUCCACCGUGCGAAUCUUCCAUCGUGAUUGGAGACGGCGGAUUGUCAUUCUCGGAUUGAGACCGUCUCCGGUAGACUGCCGUUUCAUCCACGUAUUUCGAGAGGAACCCCAUUGAGACCUUGGGUGUGCGUGAUUUCUUCCACGACGUGCUUCGAUCGAAGCGACUGUAGGCGACGUCCCGGAUCGAGCAGAGACCGGAUCUUCGCAGACGGGUAUCCGCCUUGGACAACAUGUUUAUAAUCUUCCAGUUUGCCGGGACUAUCGCCUCCUCCAUCACGUAAGUUUGUUUUAGCGCACCUUCCAGAUCACCACAGCUUUACCGGUAAACAAACUAACCGCGCACCGUGUUUCGACCUCGACGCAAAUCCUUACCGGAAAGAAUUUAACCGGCUUUUGGUCCACUUUGACGGUUUUGAACAUUCCGACGACGAUUUUGCGAUGUGAGAAAACAAAAAAAAUUGGUUUGACAUUUCGGUCUGACAGAUCUCGCUGUCAAAAGCUGGGCGAGAAAGAGAAAAAAAUGACAUGGCUGCCGCUGUCACGCUGGUAGUAAGCAAUUUAAAAAAUGUAUGGGGGAAAUCAAUUUAAAUUCAAUAUUUCCCAAAUUAAAGAUCAUUCAGAGAUAAAAUUUGACCUGGUGAAAGCUAUUUUUUUUGUCACCCUGCGAUUUGUAGUUGCUGAGAUAUUCACAAAAAAGUAAAUUUCUCAUAACAAAUUUGAAUUUCUUACUACCAAACGAACAACGCCAUCUAUGAGAAAUUUUGGCCCGUCGGGUAAUCCAUUCACUUCUCAAUGCCACACACGCCGUAAGAAAUUGUUUUUAUUUUUGCUUUUUUCCUAUUUUUAGCUUCUUUUAGCUGCGCCGCAAAAGUUUGUUUGCAAACAUCGAAACAGCUGUUCGCGUGCACGUCGUACAUGUAAAGGUGUAGUCGAGCCAAUCACAAAAAGAAUAAAAAAAUUCCAAGCCUCUGGUGGUUAUCAUCCGAACUAACAGUAAAACUCUUCUUUGUAUGUGUGUAAUAGAUUAAAACAGUCGAUUUCUUUGAAUGAAAAGUGCGACGACGACACGUAUCACUGAGGCCAAUUUUUUGUUCAUUCUCUGGUAUAAAUAUUGAUGACCAACCAGCU